AUGGGCAUUCCUGAACAACAGCCAAAGGGGAGUGAAAGUAUCAAUUGGGAUGCUCCUCCUCCCUACGAAGAAUUGUUCGCGUUCGGCAAUGAAGAGUCUGCUGUCUCUACUUCAGUCCAAGACAAUGGACGGAUUAGUAUGGCAUUUUUGGGUAAUACCUCACCAUUACCUCCAAUCUAUACACCCGAGAAUAUACCGCAAGUAAAAUCAGAGCCCGUGAAAUCGUAUCCAAGACUUAACAUAGUCAUUCAGGUAGUUGGAAGUCGAGGUGAUGUUCAACCUUUCAUCGCCUUGGGCAAUGAACUUCAAGUCGCAGGUCAUAGGGUGCGUAUUGCUACUCACGAUGUAUUUGAAAAAUUUGUACGAGAUGCCGGAAUAGAAUUCCAUGCAAUUGGUGGCGAUCCAACGGAAUUAAUGGCAUACAUGGUCAAAAACCCCGGAAUCUUUCCAAAAAUAAGUACUUUAGCUAGUGGAGAGAUAUCAAAGAAAAGAAAAAUGAUAUCCGCUAUGCUCGAAGGAUGUUGGCGAUCCUGUAUCGAACCCGAUUCUAAGACUGGAGAACCAUUUAUCGCAGGAGCAAUUAUUGCCAAUCCACCUAGUUUUGCCCACACACAUUGUGCUCAGGCAUUGGGUAUUCCAGUUCAUCUUAUGUUUACUAUGCCUUGGACGGCUACGAGAUCAUUCCCUCAUCCACUUGCAAAUAUCCAAUCUACUGAAACGGAUCCUAAAACAGCCAAUUUUCUUUCUUAUGGAUUGGUUGACACGAUGACUUGGCAAGGACUUGGAGACGUAAUCAAUCACUGGAGAAAGAAGUCCCUUGAUCUUGAACCGGUCCCUGUGAUGGCUGGCCCUCAUUUAGCAGCUUCUCUCGAUAUCCCAUUUACAUACUGUUGGUCGCCAGCACUUGUACCGAAACCACAAGAUUGGCUCCCACAUAUAGAUGUUUGUGGAUUUUUCUUUCGUCCGCCCCCAUCAUAUGAUCCCGAUGCGAGGAUUUUAGGAUUUCUGGAAGCAGGCUCGAAACCCAUUUAUAUAGGAUUUGGAAGCAUCGUAAUGGAAGAUCCUAAAGCUAUGACCGCGACGAUCAUGGCUGCAGUUAAAAAUUGUGGUGUCAGAGCAAUUGUAUCGAAAGGUUGGAGUAAACUUGGACAGGAGGUUGAGAAUGAGAAUGUGUUAUUUAUUGAUGAUUGUCCUCAUGAAUGGCUAUUUAAACAAGUUGCGGCUGUCAUCCACCAUAGUAGAGCAGGAACAACAGCAUGUAGAUUACUCAAUGGUCGUCCUACAGCAAUCGUACCUUUUUUGGCGAGUGCGUCGAGAAUUCUCCUGCAUAAAAUUCCUCAACUAACUUUCAACAGCCAACCAUUCUGGGGAAACAUGGUAGCAGCAGCCGGUGCCGGUCCUGCACCUAUCGAACACAAAUCUCUUAACAUCACCACUCUCUCCGAUGCCAUCAAAUUUCUCCUCUCCCCCGAUGUGGUAACCGCAGCACAAACCCUCGCCUCAAGAAUCCAACACGAAAAUGGCGUAAAAGAAGCCGUUAAUUCGUUCCAUCGUAAUCUCCCCGUCAAAACCCUCAGUUGUGCGCUUUUAACUCAACAACCCGCAACAUGGUAUUGGAAAAAGGGUAAAAAAAACAUCUCAACUUAUCUCACCAAGCAGCCGCCAUUCUCGUCGAGAAGAAAAAAAAUAAACGCCUCUGAUCUUUCCUUACACAAACCCCACCCCAUAACCAUCACCAACCGCCGCUGGGACCCCUGGACUGCCACAACCUCCGCCGCCUUCGACAGUGCCCUCGACAUCACCCGCGCCAUAACCAACAUCGGACUUGACUAUCGCACCGAAUACACGCGCGCUCUAACCCGACCACCCCGCAAAAAGCAAAACGAAAACCGGCCAAAGGCAUCGACACUGACACUGACACCGCCUCAUCGCGCAGCGCUCUACAAGCGAGCUCCAUCGCGGUCGGAAAAGGUUGCGGAUGGCUUUCAUGCGUUGCCUGCGCUGUAUGGGGAUAAGCCGAGGGAGUAUGAACAGGUGAGGGAUUGGAAGAGUGGAAGUAUUAAGGGAGCUAAGAAUUUCGGCUACGGAAUCGCAGACGGCUUCACAGGAUUCUUUACACAACCCAUCCAAGGCGCCAUACAGGAAGGCGGAAAGGGAUUCCUGAAGGGACUUGGAAAAGGAACGGUGGGAUUUCUCACCAAACCUGCUAGUGGCGUCUUCGGACUCGUCUCCUACCCCGCCCUCGGCCUCUACAAAACCCUCAGCACAUCCACCCACCAAGGAACACAGGGCAAAAUCCUCCUAGCCCAGCGCGAAUACGGCAUGCAUCUUGCGAUGACGCGGCAGAUAUCCAAGGAGCUGAGUGAGAAGAUUGUAGAGGAUUUUGAGUGGGUGGUUGAGGGGGCUUAG